AUGGCGGAAUCCGCACCGCUCAUCGAGGACGAGUUUGCACAACGAGAUGACAUGGGCCUGCAGCAGCUGACUGAGAAGACGGAGACAGAAGAUCAGUCCUUCGCAAAAUAUUUGAAGAUGUUGAUGGUGGCUGUUCCCUUGAUCGGCUUGGCCUUCGCUGUGGGUACUUACUUCGCAUCUGUCUACUUGUUGGGUGGCAAGACCAUCCUAGAGACGAAGUUUAGCUUCAUCAAGGAGUAUCAGCUGAGCUACAUCUUCCUGGCUGUGUGGCUAGUGGGCUACACCCGCUCGGCCCUGGGCUUGGUUGCGAACGCCGCGCGGGCGGGUGCACGCCUGGACCGACCAGAUCAGCAUGUCUACAAGAUCAUGGCCUGCUCGGGGCCGAUGAAGGACGCUCCCUACGUCCUGAUGGCCAACACCGGUGCCGUGGGGCGUUUCAACCGCGCGCAGCGCGCCGUCUUCAACACAGACGAGUCGAUGCCAUUGUUUUUGAUGAACACCGUCCUGGCCAGUGGCGUCUUUGGCCCCGUGAUCUUGGUGCCACUGCUUCUGUACUGCUAUGGUCGUUUGACCUUCGCGGUGAAGUACAAGAACUCGCUGAAAGAGCGUGGCGCGGGCUUUUUGCCUUCAAUGAUCGGGGAGAAAUGGAUCGAAGGACUCACUCUGUUCUCUGCCAUCAAGGGCCUCUUCUUCUGA